AUGGCAAUCCUGUACAGCUUGACUGCAUCCAGUCUCCCAGCUCGUCUCCAGCUGACAAGGGUCAACUUUAGGGGGCGUGUCCUUGUAAGCAAGAGUAGUCGUCGUUGCCUUGGACGUGCCAGGGGCACCCUUGUCAUCCAGAACAACGAGCUGAAUAAAUGGGGUGACAGAGACGCCCGGGACGAUGACUCAGAUGAAGGCAUCAAUGAGGACGAUUUGAUCUUUGCAAGUGACACCGCAAAAAUCGUGGCAAGAGUUCUCACCUCUAGAGCUGUCCAGAAGGUGCUGCUGCAGCUUCAAGAAACAGAUCUGUUCGUCGCCCACUGGUUUUCAGAAUACUGCUCUGCGAACCCGCCCAUGACCGGCGACAAGUUCGUCUUGGAACUGCUGAAGCAGCGGCCCAAGUACGCGACCGAUAAGAUAAGUGGCAGGGACCAUUACAUCAGCCCUCCUGCACUGGCAAACCGGGUGAUGGUGGCGCGUGAGGCCUUGGCAGGCGGCAUGAAAAAAUUUGACUUUCCCAAAUACAUGGCCCGCACCAACACAGAGGUCUUCAGGCAGCACCUGGAGUCCAGCUCCUACACCUCUGGCUCCUAUGCCAAGGCAGAGCGCCGGCGGAAGCAGCAGUAG